AUGAUCGCCAUGGAGAUUUCUAUUUCUAUCACAGAGACUGCCCAGCAAUGCAUUCAAGGCUUGGAGGAAUGCCUGGCUAUCCCAGCCUUGAUGGAAAAUGAAUGGGCGGAAAAUCGGCUGGCUGAUAUGAACUUAUGGAUCUCAGGAACAGGUGCUUGCGCCCGAGGAAAAGCCUCCCUAGACUCAAGAUUGGCCUCAAAGCCCGAAGCUCGCGAUGUGAUCACUAACUUACUGCGUCUUCUUGCGACGGUGAUUGACGAAUGCAAAACACGCUGUCAAGAACCAGGACUUGACAGCAUUCAAGAAUCACCCCAAAGCCUCGAGGAGACUAGCGGUCGCGCGUUUUCUCCUUGGUCUGAUGAUUCCAGUUCUGACGACGAAUCAGACGACGGAGAUGAAGCGAAGUUCCCAUCUAAAAUUCCACUGCAAGAGUCCAUGUACAAUGUCGAGUCGAUGGAAGAUCAGCUGGCGAGGAUUGCGGUUGCUAUCCGACGAUCCGGAAGGCGUUCAAGGUUACAAAAGGCUGAUCAGCGAUUUGAUCCAACGGAGCAUGAGGAACUAGAGGGUUACUUGAUUGCCAUGCUGCUUACGCAGCUAAAACGCAUGGACAAAACUCGAGACGCGUCAGCACUAAACGAAGUGCAGUUGAGGCUGGUACGGUGCAACUUGAAGCGUCGAAAUCGGUUUCUCUAUGCUCAACGGCAUUCCAAGGGGCUGGACGGAGGUAUCGGCCGACGUUCAGACAAGAACGCUGCAGUAAACAGAGACGGGAGUGUGAUUCAAGAUGAUAUCAUUGAUCACGGUGAAAUUAAAAAUUUGCCCAAACUCGACCAUCAGAAUCCCAAUAGCACUGUGAUCACUGGGACCAGCGCCUCGGCACUGUCCGAUUCAUUCAUGAUGCCCCUAACAGCACCCGCAGCUCCUGCUGCGUCGUCAAUUAUGUCAUCUACAGUCAUUGACCUUGACUACCCUCAUCCUCCCCGAUUCCAUGAGGAUGCGCACCUUUUCAGAUGUCCAUGCUGCUGCGAAGCCAUCCCGGUUGCUGUUGCCGACAAAAAUAAAUGGAGAAAGCAUGUUGCAGACGACUUGAGUCCCUACACUUGUAUUCUGACUGGAUGCAAUCAGCCCGACGUGCUCUUCAACACCAAGGAAGCUUGGAAACAGCAUCUAUUGAAAGAUCAUGGUAGCAUGACAUAUUGGAUUUGUUUUGCCUGUGGCAACGGGGCGCGUUACUACAGUAAGGAGCAUUUCAUUCAACACACAAGGUCCAGCCAUGCAUCGUCUAUUCCAUCGGAUCAAAUCCCAUCGCUUGUGGACAUCUGCAAAAAGUCUACACCAAGGCAGAUAUCGCACUGUCCUUUGUGUGAUUGGCCAGAUGAAGGAGUUGAAGUCGAGAAAGAUGCGCUGCUCAAUCACAUUGCAAAAGAAAUUCAUUCUUUCUCUCUCAGAGCACUACCCUGGGCGGAUGAUAACGGCGAAGAAAGCGAGGAGAGAAUUCAUCAUAGUUCCAGAAGAGUUCAUAAUUGGCUGUUUGAGUGUGACUCUCAACAACCGAGUAGCGAUGAAACACCGUCAUUUGAAAAAACAGCCUCAGGAUUGGGGUACUUCCAGCAGAACCCUUACUUCGCAGGAAGCUCGAGAGACUCCUUUUCGAGCGAGCCUGAAUCCGAUGGAUCCAGGCAAAUGGAACUGGAAGAGCUGAGAAAGCACGAGGAGUUGAGAGCUGAUAAAUCACACCAAGAUGAUAAGACGCAAUCCCAAGCGCAAGACGCGAAACACGAUGUAAGGCUAGGCACUUCGCUUGGUUGGGAUCUCUGGGAUGACUUCAAACCAUCACCCGACUUGAUGCAAUUCGAAACUCCGCUGGAGCAGGUCAAUGCAUUGGCAACAUGGUUCCAGAAAGUAAUGAUCCCGCUUUGUGAACAAUACGUUGAGGAUCCCCCAGACGACCCGACCAAGCGGCGUGAUGAAUAUACCAAAUUGUAUGAUACGAUGCUCGCACAGGUUUUCUUGAAGGCGGAUGGACUCGAUAUGGGCGGGAAUGAGGUGGCUCGUGGUGCACGCCGUGAUCUCAUUAAAGAGGGACAGGAGGUUCUUACCAAGUUGGAAUCCGUUCGGGAUGAAGAAUUGAAGAUGGACGGACAGUGCCCUCAUCCUGAAUGUGAUGGCCACAUCUUCCGAGACCUGAAAGCCCACAUGCUCACUCACCAGACCGACAGGCCAGAGAAGUGCCCGGUUGGGACUUGCGAUUACCAUUUUAAAGGCUUUGCCCGAAAAUACGACUGGAACCGCCACGUUAUGACCCAUUACAAAGGCGCAAUGGUCUGCACUUUCUGUUCAAGAUCGGUCGAUCUACCGGAGAAGACCUUCAAUCGUGCCGAUGUGUUCAAGCGCCACCUAACCUCUGUUCACGGUGUGGAACAAAUGCCACCAAAAUUCCGCAAAGACUCGGUCAAAAAGGGCACCAACUGUGCUAGGGAUGCUACUGGAAAGUGCUCUAUUUGCUUGAUGACAUUCAGCAAUGCUCAGGAGUUCUACGAGCAUCUGGACGAAUGUGUCCUGCGUGCAGUACAGGAGUCCAGUGACACGGAGGUUGUUUCUUCUUACGACGCCGAUGCCGAUGCACAUGCCAUGGCCUUAGAGCUGAGCAAUAGUACAAAUAAAAACAUCGACAACAAAGUGCUAAUCCGGAUUCUGCCAAAUUUGUCCAGCAACGAGGUCCUUCUUCUACGCCAGGCCUACAAGAACCGCGUGAAGUUGAACGGCAAGGGCGUUAACCUCGCUAAACACCUUGCCCUGAAGUUAGGCACCUCCAACUUUGGGAAGGUUUGCCAUGCUACCGCCCUAGGGCGCUGGGAAUCAGAGGCAUACUAUGUAACUCGUUAUUACGAAGAAAGUCCUUAUCGUCGUGAAUUACUCAUCGAGGCCCUCCUAGGACGCUCAAACAACGAAAUUCGCCAAAUUAAGGAGUGCUUUCGGGAUCCUCAGUACCAUAGCAGUCUUGAGCGCUUGAUGCGCUCUAACAUCCGCGAAGGUAAUUUCCAACAGGCCAUAUUACUUGUUCUGGAAGAACGACGCCAGGACGACAGCGAGCCAUAUGAUAUGGAACUUGUGGGUCAAGACGUCACGGACUUAUAUCAUGCAUUGCAUUCCGAUGAAGACGGAGAGAAUGCAAUGAUUAAUAUAAUUGUUGCUCGGAGCAAUCCCCAUCUACGUGGGGUGCUGCACUUGUAUGAAGCAAGCCACGGGGAGAAUUUCAUGAAAGCCAUGAGCGCUAAGUCGAACAAUUUAGUGGGGGAAGCUCUCGCUCACAUCCUCAAUGGCGCAACCAACAGACCUCUGCGUGAUGCCGUUCUUCUUUAUCAAGCUAUUUGCGAACCGCCUACUUAUGACUAUCGAUCUGACCUCAUGACCUCACGUCUGGUUCGGUUACACUGGGAACCACAGUAUUUGGAGUUGGUGAAGUAUGAAUAUAGGAAGCAAUACAAUGAGACCGUUGAGCAGGCUAUUGCAGAGCAGAUGGAAUCAUACAAAGAUAUUGAUUUGCGGGAUUUCUGUAUUGAGCUUGUGUCUAGCUCUGUAUAG